AACAAAGCGUAUUUGGAGAACGAAAUGGCGAAGAAGGUGGUUCGCCUUGCGACAGUCGGGGGAGCUCCCAGGACAAUAUUUCCUAGACUACUACGCGGAUCGGAAUCGAAGGCGGCUCAAGGGCACGAUCAACUUAGAUUUGUGUGAACAGGUACAUAUUUUCUUACAUUCAAUACAUAAAAAUUAAUAUGUUUUGAACUCAUUGUUAAUUUGUUCCUUUACCUUUGAUAGGUACCUACUGUUUUACUUUUAUGAGUUAUGUCCUGUUAUGAAUCAUAUUUAACUGAUAUUUAUAUAUACAUAUAUAUGGUAGAUUCCUAGCUAGCUAUAUUAGUAAUAGUUAUGAAUCAAUGUUAAUACACAUCAUUUAUCAAUUACUUAUUUCAGAAUACCUAUCAUUAAGUCAUUAUGGCAUAAAAACAUAUUUCCAAAUUAACUUGUUUUGCAUUGUAGAUCUUUAUAAAUGCAUUAUUAUUUAUUGUUCAUCCAUUUGCAUAACCUAUUAAAGUUAAGCAUAAAAAAAUUAGUUUGUGGAGCAUUCCAUUUGACUCUGUGUAAAUUAAAGUGAUGCUAUACAAAAGUCUGUACUAGAAAAAUAACAGUUACUUAUACUUAUUACACUUUGUUUAGCUCAGCUCUAGUGAAUGUACUUUUGUGUGUCUGUGUUAACAAGUGUGCACCAAAACAUUUCUUACCUACUUAGUUUAGUACCUUCAUUGAGUCUUUGUGAUUCAUUACAAUUUUAUUAAUUUCUUAUUUAUAGAGUUCCUAGGUGACACGAGUGUAACUGUGAUCGUGUUAAAAUGUUGUAAUGACAAAGUAAGAAUAAUAUAGAAUGAUUAUAUACAACUGUUUUUCUUUGUUAUCUGAGCAUUUUCCCGGUUCUUUCUCAGCCAUGCCAUUGAGCAUCUGAACGCAUGUUCCAUUAAGUCUGUCUUACUGUCAUUUUUUGAAAAUAUUCAAAAAAAUUUUGUCACAUCUUGUUAUGGAGAAAAAUAAAACAGUUUUUCAUCUUAAAUAAUAUUCAAGCAAAAUCACCAAAGGACAGGACAACCCUGAUUUUAUUGAAUUUCAUAUAGUGAAAAUAACAUUGUAUCUUGGGUGCAGUACUAAUAAAUUAUUCAUUGGAUAUUAUUUGCAUGAAUCCAUUGAAGACCCUUUUUGUGGCAUUUAUCGGCUUGCAUCCAAGAAGACUGUGCGUUCGUAACUUGAAAUAAUUUAUUUAAUUGUAACUCUGAACUCUACUUUAUGAUAUACAAGUAAAUUUGAAAUUAAUUCUUUAAACAUUAUUUUUCAUUAAUAACCACAAUUAUUAUUUUCGUUAAUAUUUAUUUUAUCCUAAAUAUUUCAUCAUGAAACCAAUGUUCUCAUGGGUUCAUGUAUACAUUAGGUUGACGCUGGCUUGCACAUGGAACGCACGGGGAAUGGCCCAUUAGACCCCAAGCUACGCGGGUCAGUGUUCACCAUCCAGACCCAAUCUCGCACAUAUCACUUGGAGGCGGAUUGCGAGUCAGACAUGGAGAAGUGGGUAGACGCCAUCUGUAGGGUGUGUGGUCUCCGAGCUACUGAUGAGUCACCAGGUGCAAUAGACACGUAUCAAAAUAACCGUAGCCCGGUUAGGGCCAUGAACGACCAGUAUGACUCCACAGGUCCCUACAUACCAAUAUCGGAAUGCAUCACAGGCGUCAGAGCUCAGGAUUCACGGAGAGCGUUUACAUUCGAUCCACAGAAUAUAGUGACAAGUAGUCGGACACCGUUCGACAAAGUGUCAGAUAACAGAGGGCACCACAUGUACACGAGCCAACCUCAAAUACGGCUCAAUAAUGCUGAGUUUUCCGAGAACGAAUCUACCCUGAGCGAUGAUGAGUGCAAGUCGUUGAACGCUAGUCAGUCUAAUAUACGUGAUUGGGCAGUUGAAAAAUCUUUUACAAAAUUAGCAAUAAGCCCCAAGAGGAAUGGAUUUUCCGGAGAUGGCCCCCCAGUGCCACCGAGACCUCCAAAAACGUUGCCUCAAAAAGAUGUUAUACACCAGGGUCCAAGAAUUCAAGAGCCUGUAGAAACUCAAGAAAAUUUAUCACCGUUCCCGUGGACGCGAAGCCCCCGUCGGAUGUCGCACGGCGGUGCGCUGUCUCGCUCGCACCUCACGCCCGCACUCUUUGUGCGUCCUGAUGAUGACGACGACCUCUCGCCUGGACAUCUGUCAAUGCAGUAUUACAACCUGCCUUCACUGCCCCCGGCAGUAGACCGUGCCCUCAAACCCAGGCAUUCCAGCUACAGCAUAGGACAUAUAAACCACCUCGCAAGACAGAUGUUGUCGAUUGGUCAACAAAACGACGCAAAGGCAGACAACAAUCUACAAUACCUGGAUCUGGAUUUACACAUGUCAAAACCACCACCUACAAAGACUCAAGAACCAAAACCAGCGAAGACCGUGGAAGUAUGUGGUGUCCAAAUAAAUACGCUAUCAGCUGUGGAGGCUGAUUCUGCGUACAAAACAGUGGAUUUCCUCAAAACAGAAGCUUUUAACAUUACAAGGCAAGACGCCGAAGCCUCUAGAAGCAACCAUUUCUGAACAAGUAUGUUUGAUGUGCGAAACUCAACUGUGAAGCAAAAGUAUUGCAAGCCACAUUGUGAAUUGACGUAAUAAUGUGCCCCAAAGAUGUAAGCAUAAAAGACUUGAUGGUCAAAUAUUAUUGUAACGCGUUUAAUACUGUUAAUUAUUAUUGUAGUUUAAGAGUAGUAUUUUUCGCAAAAAGUAUUAGAACAAAUCAGAUGUAAAAAUGAUUUGUCAUCAAUCAAAACAAUAUACCGCAUAUAUAUUGCAUAUAUAUGCGACAUUUCUUAGCUUUAUAUUUGUAUGUAAUAUAAUUACGGUUUCGUCUAUUACAUAACGUAAUAAACGGGUCCUUAAAAAUGGUGGCAAGCCAUAUCCUAUCUAAAUAGUACAGCAAACUAUAAUAUACCGUUUCUAACUUUUGUUAUUAUGAGUUUGACCUAGAUGCAUAGUUAUCAAGCAUGGAGGAACUAAAUCUAAGAUCAUGAAUAAGUACGAACAGCAUUUAUAAUAUUAUCAAUAAAGCCGAUAAUAGGAAAAUAAUGUCAAACUCCAGUUCUCCAAAUAUAAUAUAAAUUACACUAAAAUCACCCUAUCCAGUGCACCCAGAAUGUGUGUUUACACAUUCUUUUUUAUAAUAGAUAAAAUUGUAUUAUCGAGUAUUAAAAGCUUUUUUACAAAACAGUAUUCAUCUCCAGUUUAGAAACGAAACAGCAUAGUAUACAUAAAAUUACCUCUAUUGUAAUGUCAGGCAAACAGUGCUUAGGUAUUUGUCUAGAAUCCUUGAGUCUCGGGACUGUCUAGAAAAUUGUGGGGAUUUAUAAAUUCCAUAGGCUAAUGAUGUGUGAAUAUAUACUAUAAGAAUUUGUAAUAAUAAUCUGUUACGUGCAAUGAUAACUUCACAAAACAACGUUACAAACACGCCAAUGCGUUUAUAUAUACUUGUGAUUAUUUAUUAAUACUUUUUAUAGGUGCAUCCUUAAUACAAAUUUAUGUUUGUUAUGUAAAUCAUACUUAUUAUGUAAAUCAUAAUUCAUUUAUUCGUCGCUUCCAUGUGAUGCAUAAAGAUGGCAUAAGGUAUUGUAGAAAUAAAUAGGUAUGAUUUAGGUGCGCCGAUAAAUAUGUAAUAUGGGAAUAUUCCACUUGGAUCACCCAGCUGAUUGAAUCAUAGGCAAUUUUUUUAACUAUAUGCUCAGUACAUGUAAUACGAUAUUCUAAAAAUAAAUUCAGUGAAAGAAGAUUCUCUCCACACAAAGUCCGCUCAGCUGAUCAGCCGAGAACAAAAAAGAACAUUUGGUAAUAUUUAUAGAAACAUCCAAAUCUUUUGGGCAAUGUGGAAAUACCUUACUAUAUAUUAUACUACUAUACUAUAUAUUUCGUCAUCAUCACUUUCAUAAUAUUAAUGUGAUAAUUUUUUACUUAAUUUUGAGUCAACAUACUUGGUUGUAGGUUACGUAGGUGCGUACGUUCAAUACGUAUGUGGCUACGUUCAAUAGAUUGAAGCUGAAGUAUGGUGAUGCGAUGCAGCAUCACCAUACUAGCUUCAAACUAUUGAGGCAUACUUCUUAAUUAGCAUAAGCAAUAUUUUUAAAAAUUAAUAUUUGUUAUUAUCGGUUUUAUAACCUAGUUUUGGAAUCCUCUGAGUCUUUUUUUUCGAAAACCGGUCUCUUAAAUUAUUAGAAAAUGAUACAACAUAACAUCACAACAAACAUAAUUAAUUAUAUGUCACAAAGUAAAUUAAUUCAGUUAUUAAUAUUCGAGUAAGGCUAUGUCGUAGCCUAGUUUUAUGCUAGAUUUAUGCUAUAUUUAUACUAAAUUUCAUAGAAAUCGGCUAAUCAGUUAAAGCGUGGCAGAUAGACCUCCAUUUAUAAUAUUAGAAUAAAUUAUGGAUUAUUUCGUAUUUAUUCGAAUCGGGGGUACAGAUCACUGUACCCCCGAUCCGAUCUGGGAUUAUAACAAUAUUAAUAAUAACGACGUGUAUUUUGUAUACAGAAUUGAUAUUCAGAUCAAAUAACCUCAAAAAGCUAAAAUGAAUUUCUUAUUGCUAUAAUUAGUACAAAAUAUAUUUUAUUUACAUAUUUAAAUAUUAUUAAAUAAAAAAAGAACUAAAAAAUGGAUACCUAUACCAAUAAUUGUAUUAAUUUUCUAGGGUUUUUAGUUAUCAAAAGUGCAUUUCUGAAAAUAUUAAUAUAUUGUAUUUAUCGGUGCUUAUUGUUGGGAUAUUGUGGCCUUCUAAGCUUUAAUGUUAAAAUUAUGCGUUUCAAUAACUGUGCAUGCAUAGAUAAGCAAUAACUUAUACCAUACGUGUACUUCCCACUAGUAAUAAAUUAAAAGUAUUAUGGCACAUAAUGAUUUUAAGAAAUCACAAUAAAUACGUACAAGAAAACUAUGUAACAUAAUAGACUAAUGUGAUUUGCUCUUCUACUAAAAAAAACUAACAGUUUAAAUGUUUAUAAAUAAAAAGUGCAUUUCUCAGCGUUUCGCCUCAUUCAUAAAAUUGUACGUAUUAAAAAUUAAAUGUAAUGACAGCGCAGCCGCAUUGGUCGAAACGCUCUGAGAAACACCCAACCCAAAGGUCGCCUAUGACAUACGCACGUAUAAUACGUCGUAAGCUACUGUCGUAAGCUACCGUACACGUAGAAAUGAGCUGAACUGCAUAAGCGACUUUCUUCUACAAGCUAACUUUUCUCGUGGAACGUAACUUAUAAAAUUAUUUUACGAAUUUGGUCAAAAUUUAUAUGGUCUCAUUUCAUAAAUUUGGAAUUUACUGAGAUUGAAUGAACUGAAUGCGCACAAAGUUAAAUUAUUAUGAAAUUUAAGGCAAAAUUUAGUGAUUAGGCGGAAUAAAUAUACACAUACAUAUUUAUCCUCAGUAUUCUUUACACUUUUAUAGUAUUAGGUAGUUAGAUUCACGCACACAUUUAUAGGUAUGUUUAAAUAUAAUGAAAUGCUGUUUAGAUUAUUACCCCUUCUAGAUGAGUAACAUAUAUUUUAAAUGUCUGUUACUGGUGGCAUUGAAAAUUUGGUACCUUUACAAAAUUAUAUUAUUUUCUAGCUAAGUUUGGCUGUUGAGGAACGAUAUCAGAACUGAGUCCAAAAAGUUCCGCGUCGAUGUGGAACUAUCAAUAAAAACUCAGCCGCGUUGUCGUUAUUAAACACGCGCCGCUAACUGCGGGACUUCUUUCGUGGUUUGGUAUCUAGUUGUAAAACCAAUUGAAAAUAGUAUUAUGUUAUAAUAUUGUUAUAUAACAUCGUAUCAUCACUAGACCAACGGAUAUAUAUCCAUUCGGUGGUCUUACGAAAUAUUGACCAGCACGGAAAGAAAAAGUGUACAUUAUAAAGGUGGUUGACCGAAAGGGGAAGCUUUGAGUGACAGGUUUUUCGUUAGAUUCGUCUUGUCUGUCUGUCCGUCUGUCCAUCCGUCCGUAAGCCAAAUUAAAACAACUAUACUGUUGAAACUUGGUAAGUAGAUGUAUUCUGUGAACCGCAUUAAGAUUUUACACAAAAUAACGAAAAAAAAACAUAAAUUUUGAGGUCCCCAUACUUAGUUUGAAACUAUUUUUUUUAUCUAAUAAUCUCAUAUAUCCCACAUAUCCCACACGUAUGGGUCAUGUGGGGUAUAUGAGAUUUCUAAUAUAAUGUUUUACUAAACUGAAUACUUUGCGCGAGAGACUUCCAAAUUAGUAAAAUGCCCCCUAAAUAGUUUUUUCUAUAAAUCGUAAAUCGCAAUUUACCUUUUAUUCUGUCAACGCAAAUAUAAAAAUAUACAAAAAUCGAUGAAAAAUAACUUUUAUGUUACUUGCUCCUACGGAACCCUUCAUGGGCGAGUCCAACUCGCACUUGGCCGCUGUUUUGAAUAGUCUGUUUUUAUAAUACUAACGUCUUGACGAAGUUUACAUCUAAAAUAAUGAAUUCUAGGUGCCAAUAACUUUGAACUCGUUGCAUAUAUUUUAAAAUGGGAUUCCUUUGAAAGUAAAAAAACCUAAGGUUUUAUUUUUAAAUGUAUCCAUGUUAUGUAUGAUCUCCAUAAGAUGCUACUUAAAAAUAUUGUUAUCCGAUAACAUUUUGGGGGAAGUAAUACAAUUACCCUUUUGUAUUCUCAUAUGUUCAUUACUGCAUUUAUCCAUCAAGCAAAUACAUUUAUGGAUCAUACAGUUGUGUGACGAUACGUCCGUCGAUAAAAAAUAAGCCCUCUUCCCGUGUCAUGUUCAUGACUGUCAUCGUCGCUGUGCAAAACUUUAUACACCUUGAUAGUCCGCCUCUAUAUUUGGUCCAAAUAUUUAUGGUAGAACAUUUUCAUUUUGUCCAAUUCGUUUAUUAAUCCUUAUCGUAUUCUACAUACAGCUUGAAACAUUUAAGAUAUCGCAUAUAAAGUGCUCAAAUACUUCACUAACUUUAUUCUGAUAUGAGUUUUUGGUAUGUUUUUAAAAUUGAAAAUAUGUCUUCUAUAUACAUAUUUAGAUUCGUUAGUGUACCUAGAUUUAUUUCUACACAUAAGUUAUAUACCUACGUAGUUAAAUUUUAAUUUUAAUGGGUAUUAAUACGGGGGUUUUUACGGAAUUGCUCGGCUCUUGUCCACUGCCCACCCGCCUUGAUACACAGUUACAGAUAUCAUGCCACUUUGAUACACAGUUUUCGGUUGAACUUCGCGGUUGUACUAGAGGAGUCGUGUGUGAAAUUAAACUGCAAGACAGGAUCCAGAGUGAAGUGACUAUAUACCAGAAUUGUUUAGGUAUUGAAGUAAAUGUACACAUUUAUCUAUAUAAUAAUUACUUCGUAAAUGAUACUUGCUAUAAGAUAUCAAUUAUAAUUACAUUAAUUAUUGUAAGUACCUAAACAAAUAGGGUUAUAGUCCUAUUGUUUAUAGAAUUAAUUAUGUGUAUGUCAUCGCUUUUUACGAAUGACCGAUUAAGUUAAAGGAUUUGAAAUGAAAUAUUGUAGAUAACAUGCAAUUUGUAUUAUAUUUUAAUCUUAAUUAUGUUUUGAUUAUAUUUUUAAUUAUUGCUUUUUAAAAUGUGGGCGAAUUAUUUGAAAUGUCACACGUAACUCAAAAAUGCGUGUAUUUUUUGUAUUGAACUCGUUUUAUUAUUCCGAUUUUGAUUGCCCUCGUUUUUGAUACGACUAAUAAGUAAGUUAUGGCAAGUCUCUGGCGACGGUGUUAUUAUCCUGUUGAUUCUGGUAAAUUGUUACGCAAGACUCCCUUCGUCUAGGAGUUCAGUGGGUGAAAAAUACGUACCAAUAUUUCAGCUAACGCUCGCUAAAUCUCUCAUCUUUUCAUAUUCCUGGUGACAUUCGCGUAAAAAGUCGUUAAGUUUUUAAUUUCCGCCUGCGAUUUCUCACAGUUAUACAUCACAGUUUGGAUGAUUACUUAGUUUUCUGUAUAUGGGGCGAAAAUAUUUUUUCAUGUACCGUCGACGCCUAUCAAAAUAACUGCCACAAACGAGUGCCGGCUGUUCAUUGUCGGCGACCUCUGAUAGAUGCCGAUGCAAAUAAACGUACAUUGCGUUGUUGAUAUGUGACCAUUUUAUAAACGCAAGAGAAAACCAGCAUUGUUGUUGAAAUUUUAUCCGAUAGUUUAUAGCCAGCUUAUAUAAAAGCAAGAGAUGGCGGAAGACUACUUAUUAAAGAUAAUGUAUUUAUAUUAUUGUUUGCGUCCUGUCUUAAUAAAUCAAAAAGUUUUUAAGUUUAAUGUAGCAAAUACUGCAUCUGUACGAUAAUUUGAAUGUUGACAUUAGAAAUAUUCUGUGAGUAUUGUGUAAUUAUUUAAAUAAUUUAAUUGUAUAUGUCGAUUUUAUUGAUUUUAAUUAUAAAAUUAGAUGCAAAUAUGUACAGUAUGUGAAUGAUAAAUAUAAAAUAAAUGAAGCACUAAAUUGA